AUGGAUCUCAAUGAGACUGUUAUUAGUGAUGUGGCCGGAGAGGUUGUCGAGAUUGGACAGGAAGUUCGAAAGUUCAAAGUGGGCGACAAAGUUGUGGCGAUUCUCAGCCUCUAUGUGAGUGUUCUAAUCUUCCUUCAGAGCUUAACGGUUCCUAGGCCGGCUGAAGUUUCAGCAGCUGAAGCUGCAGGGUUACCUGUUGCUGGAAUCACAGCUCACAAGUGUCUUACUGAAGCAGCAGGAAUCAAGCUGGACAGCACAGGCCCGGCGAAGAACAUAUUGGUUACUGCUGCCUCUGGAGGUGUAGGACACUAUGCAGUCCAACUAGCUAAGCUGGGAAACCAUCAUGUCACAGCCACUUGUGGAGCUCGUAACAUUGAUUUCGUCAAGAGCUUAGGCGCUGACGAGAUUCUUGACUACAAGACUCCUGAAGGGGCAGCCCUGAAGAGCCCUUCUGGUCGGAAAUAUGAUGUUGUGAUCGACUGUACAACGGGCAUUCCCUGGUCCAUUUUGAAGCGGAAUUUGAGUCCAAAUGGAAAGGCCGUAGUCAUUACAUUCGGGCCAAAGGCUGUGCUUACUUUCGCUCUACAGAAACUCACCUUCUCCAAGCAGAAGCUGGUGCCAUUGCUGGUGUUUCGCAAGGCUGAGAACCUGGAAUAUCUUGUUAAGUUGGUAAAGGAAGGAAAGUUGAAGACGGUGUUUGACUCGAGGCAUCCUCUGAGCAAGGCUGAAGAUGCUUGGGGUAAGAGCAUCGGCGGCCACGCUACCGGGAAGAUCAUUGUGGAACCUUAA